GAGCACUCGGUAGGACAUGUGCUGUUACGCUGUAUGAAUUUGGUAUUGCUCCAUAGUGCAAGUGUUCUUCUGAGGUUUGUUGGCUGGUGCCAGCCCCUGCGGGGGUGAGAAAGAGGCGCCAUGGGGGCAGGAAAAGAGGUCAAACUCCUGCUGUGGAAGAACUGGACUAUCCGCAGGAGGCAAAGGGUGCGUUUUUUCAUGGAGAUAAUGUGGCCUGUCAUGCUGUUCAUGGGGCUGGUCUGGCUGAGACGAGUGAAUCCACUCUACCGUCAAAAUGAGUGCCACUUCCCCAACAAGGCCAUGCCCUCCGCGGGGGUCCUGCCUUGGAUCCAGGGAAUCUUCUGUAAUGCCAACAACCCUUGUUUUCAGUACCCCACCCGGGGUGAAUCUCCUGGCCUCGUGUCCAACUACAACAACUCAAUAUUGGCUCGGUUCUACACAGAUGCCCACGAGCUUCUUUUUAGCGACCCAGAGGUUCAGCAGCUCGGGCGCCUCUGGAGAGACCUGAACGCUAUGAGUAACUUUAUGGACACCCUCCGCACCCAUCCCGAACAGGUCUCAGGCCGAGGUGUAAAAGUGGAGACUAUCCUGAAGGACGAUGAGACUCUGACAUCAUUCCUGCUUCGAGACAUUCCUCUGACAGAGUCGGUGGUGUAUCAGCUAGUCAGUGCCCAAAUCAGGCCUGAACAGUUUGUCUUUGGAGUUCCAGCUUUGCAUUUAAAGGACAUUGCGUGCAGCCUGACCCUGCUGGAGCGAUUCCUCGUCUUCCCCAGCCGCAGAGGACUCCACGCUGUUCGUAAUGCCAUGUGCAUCCUUACCCCUCAAAGGCUACAGAUCAUUGAGGACAAAUUCUAUGCAAAUGUUGACUUUUUCAAGCUCUUCAGACUGCUUCCGCGUGUGCUGGAUAAUCACUCUGAAGGCAUCGAAAUUCAACUCUGGGUACAAGUUGUCUCUGCUUUCUCGGACAAACUGCGAGAGUUGUACCAGAGGAACAGCUCCAGGGAGCUUCUCCGGGUCAUGACUCCUCUCUUCCAGAACAAGCUGUCGUUCAGGGAGGUGAUGGCCGCCGCCUCCAGCCUGGUAUGUGGCUACACCGAGGGCGCGUUCUCCCAAGUCUCCUCCUUUAACUGGUACGAGGACAAUAACUACAAAGCUUUCCUGGGCAUCAGCAGCCACAGGGCACAGCACCAGUACACAUACGACAACAGCACCACUCCUUUCUGCAAUGACAUGAUGAAUGACCUGGAGUCGAACCCCGUCACCAAGAUUGUGUGGAACUCUGUCAAGCCAAUGCUGAUGGGACGGAUCCUCUACGCUCCGGACUCGCAGGCUGUCCGGCAGAUCAUACGAAAUGCAAACACAACAUUUGAGGAACUGGAGAGGCUGAGGACGAUGGGAAAGGCCUGGGAGGAAGUGGCUCCUCAGAUCUGGGCUUUUUUCCAAGAUGGAGUCCAAGUCAACAUGAUCCGGGACACCAUUUGCAAUCCAUCGGUGAUGGAUUUCAUUGACAGGAGUCUAGAGGAGGCACCGUUCUCCUCCAAACACAUCCUCAACUUCCUCUACAACGGCCCACCAGAGGACCGUCCGGCCGAAUUGCCUGAUUUUGACUGGCGAGACCUCUUCAACCUCACGGACCGGUUCAUCCGCAUGCUCAACCAAUAUGGGGACUGUCUGCUCCUGGAUAAGUUUGUGGCUGUGCCCGAUGAGGACACCAUCACAAAUUGGGCCUUGGACCUGUUGGAGGACGGCAAGUUUUGGGCAGGCCUCGUCUUUGUAAACAUGCACUCUUGGACCACCAAUGUCCCACCUCAUGUUAAGUUCAAGAUCCGUAUGGAUAUUGAUGCAGUGGAGCGCACCAAUAAGGUCAAAGACAGGUAUUGGGAUCCCGGCCCCAGAGCUGAUCCCAUGGAUGACUUCCGCUAUGUUUGGGGCGGCUUUGCUUACCUCCAGGACAUAAUAGAGCACGGGAUCAUCAGGACUCAGACAGGAAAGCAGUGGCCACUGGGUGUUUACCUACAGCAGAUGCCCUACCCUUGUUAUGUGGAUGAUCUCUUCAUGUUGACAUUGAAUCGCUGUUUCCCCAUCUUCAUGGUACUGGCCUGGGUCUACUCUGUGUCCAUGAUUGUCAAGAGUAUUGUGCUGGAGAAGGAGCUGCGGCUAAAGGAGACCCUGAAGGCCAUGGGGGUCACCAACGGCGUUAUCUGGUCCACCUGGUUCAUCGACAGCUUCCUCAUGAUGGGCACUAGCACUGCUCUCCUCACCGCCAUCAUCAUGGCUGGACGGGUACUGAACUACAGCAACGGCCUCAUCCUCUUCCUUUUUCUGCUCACUUUCACCACGGCUACCAUCAUGCAAUGCUUCCUCCUCAGUGUUUUCUUCAACCAGGCCAACCUGGCAGCAGCCUGCUGUGGCAUCAUUUACUUUGCCCUUUACCUCCCGCACAUCUUCUGCUUUGCCUGGCAAGACCACAUCACCAAGGACAUGAAGAUCUUGGCGAGUCUUCUGUCCCAGGUGGCGUUUGGCUUUGGGACGGAGUACCUGUCGCGGUACGAGGAGCAGGGCCUGGGUCUGCAGUGGGACAACAUCCAGACCAGUCCUCUGGAGGGGGACGAGUUCUCUUUCCUCACCUCCAUCUGCAUGAUGGGCCUGGACACUGUGCUGUACGCUCUGCUGGCCUGGUACCUGGACAAUGUCUUCCCUGGCCAAUAUGGAAUUGGGCGACCAUUUUACUUCCCCCUCUUGCCCUGUUAUUGGCUCAACAGUGUGGCUCCUGCUUCAGACAACAACAAACUGCCGAUCGAUAAAAAAUGCUUUGAUAACCUGAGAAACAAAGACGAAGGAGAGCCGCAGAAACAACAAGAGGAAGAGGAGGAAGAGGAGGAAGAGGGGGGUGACGAAAACCAAGAUCAAGAGAAAAUUGUGACUUUGGAAGAGACGCCGUCAUGUGAUCACCAGGAUCAGGGUGAGGGACUGGAGGAGAACCAGAACAAAGGCGGUCAGCCGUUCUUUGAAGCAGAGCCAGCUGACCUGCUGAAGGGCGUCUGUAUCCAGAACCUGGUCAAGGUGUUCGGCUCCAGCUCCACGCCGGCCGUGGAUGGCCUUACCAUGAACUUUUAUGAGAGCCAGAUUACUGCGCUUCUGGGCCAAAAUGGUGCCGGAAAGACCACCACCAUGUCCAUCUUGACCGGUAUGUUCCCUCCCACCUCGGGGACAGCCACCAUCUAUGCCAAGGACAUCCGCACGGAUAUGGACAACAUCCGUCAGUCCCUGGGAAUGUGCCCUCAAUACAACACCCUUUUUCAGCAUAUGACUGUAGCAGAACAUAUCCUCUUCUACUCGUUGUUGAAAGGCCGUCCGAUAGCAGAGGCCCAGCAGGAGGUGGAGAACAUGCUGCAGGAUAUGGGGCUUCCACACAAGAGAGAUGAACUGACCCAGAACCUCUCAGGGGGCAUGCAGAGGAAGUUAUCAGUUGCUUUAGCAUUUGUUGGCGGGGCCAAGGUGGUGAUCCUGGAUGAGCCCACUUCAGGGGUGGACCCCUACUCCAGGCGCUCCAUUUGGGACCUGCUGCUCAAAUACCGUGAAGGGCGCACAGUGAUCAUGUCCACCCACCACAUGGAUGAAGCUGACCUGCUUAGUGACAGAGUGGCGAUCAUCUCGCAGGGCCGCCUCCACUGCUGCGGUUCCCCCAUCUUCCUCAAGAACUGUUUCGGCGCUGGCUUCUACCUCACUCUUGUACGAAGAAUGAAAGACAAUACACCGAAGGCCAGCUGUGAUCGUACAGAUGAUUGCUCCUGUAAUUGUUCAAAGUGUUCAAAGUUUAAAGUGGACCAAGAAGAGAAGCAGCCUCAAGACAGACAGAUGGAUGGUAACAUGGAAAGCAUCACAGCCCUGAUCCACCAUCACGUGCCACAGGCUCUUCUCAUCGAGGCCAUCGGCCAGGAGCUGACUUACUUGCUGCCAAACCAGAACUUCCAGCCCAGGGCCUACGCAAGCCUCUUCAGGGAGCUGGAGGAAACCCUGGUGGACCUUGGGCUCAGCAGCUUUGGUGUCUCCGACACAUCGCUGGAGGAGAUUUUCCUGAAGGUCACCGCGGAUGGCAACUCAACUAACAGGAAAUGCAUACCAGACCAGAAAUCAUUGCGUCAGAUCUGGCGAACUAGUCUUUGUGGAUUCAACACAGUGACCGUUGACAUGGAGCCACCAAAAGAGACAGAUGGGGCUUUGCAAACCAAUGGCAACGGCCCGUGUGACGUCCCAGAAGGCACUGCAGGCAGGGGAUCCCACCAGGUCAGAGGGCUGUGUCUCACCAUCAAACAGUUCUUCGCUCUGCUGAUCAAGCGGUUGCAUCACGCAACGCGCUCCUACAAAGACUUCUUUGCCCAGAUUGUGCUGCCAGCCAGUUUCGUUUUCCUGGCGCUGACCUUCACGCUAAUCGUUCCACCUUUUGGAGAGUAUCAAAGUCUCACCCUCAGUCCCUGGAUGUACGGGAGACAGUACACCUUCUUCAGUAAUGAGCGUCCCAUGGAUCCUCAGAUGAGAUACUUUGGGGAAGUGCUGUUGGACAAGCCUGGCUUUGGGACUCGUUGCAUGGUCGAUGAACCCAUGGAAGAUUUCCCAUGUAACAACAUUACCACGGAGUGGGAGAUGCCCCUAGUAAAUCCUGCCCUUAUAGAUAUGCUCGCCGGCCCAAAAUGGAACCUCCUCCAACCCUCUCCAGACUGUCAGUGCAGUACACCCAGGAAACUCACCAUGCUCCCUGUGUGUCCUGCAGGAGCUGGGGGUUUGCCACCUCCACAGAGGAUCCAGUCAACAGGAGAUGUUCUCAUGGACCUAACAGGCAGAAACAUCUCUGACUACCUAGUGAAGACCUACCCCAGCCUCAUCCGAACAAGCUUGAAGAGCAAAUAUUGGGUGAACGAACAAAGGUACGGAGGUAUAUCGGUGGGAGGACAGCUUCCUCUUUUAGAGCUGCAGCCAAAGACCAUCCAGGAUGUAGCAGCACAGCUGGGACAACUGCUCAAUAUUACUGGGGGCAAUUGCUCCAAACAAACCCUGAAAGACGUAGGGACAUUCCUCAGGUACAUGGAGACUCAAGACAGUGUCAAGGUUUGGUACAACAAUAAGGGCUGGCAUGCCAUGGUUUCUUUCAUGAACGUCGCCAACAACGCCAUCCUCCGUGCAAACCUGCCCAAACGAGCUAACCUGGACGAAUAUGGAAUAACUGCCAUUAACCAUCCUCUCAACCUCACCAAAGAGCAGCUGUCUGAGAUCACUAUCCUGACUACCUCAGUGGAUGCAGUGGUGGCCAUCUGUGUCAUCUUUGCCAUGUCCUUCGUUCCUGCCAGCUUUGUCCUCUAUUUGAUUCAGGAGAGGGUAACCCAGGCCAAACACCUGCAGUUUGUCAGUGGCGUCAGUCCAUUGGUUUACUGGAUGGCCAACUUUCUCUGGGACAUGUUGAAUUACUCCAUCAGUGCAGCGUUGGUGGUGGAAAUAUUCAUCUUUUUUGAUAAGAAGUGCUACACCUCUCCAACCAACCUCCAACCACUUAUUUCCCUGCUAAUGCUUUAUGGGUGGUCUGUGACACCCAUGAUGUACCCCAUGUCCUUCAUAUUCAGUGUCCCCAGCACAGCCUACGUCUCUUUGUCAUGUAUCAACCUCUUCAUUGGCAUCAACAGCAGUGCCAUCACCUUCAUACUGGACCUUUUUGAGAGCACCACAGCUCUGUACAAGCUUAACCAGCUGUUAAAGACUUUGCUGCUCAUCUUCCCUCAUUACUGCCUGGGCCGAGGUCUCAUAGACAUGGCCAUGAACCAGGCUGUCACUGAUAUCUAUGCUCGCUUUGGUGAGGACUACAGUCCAGAUCCCUACAACUGGGAUUAUAUUGGGAAAAACCUCUUCUGCAUGGCUGUGCAGGGAUUUGUAUAUUUCAUGCUUAACAUUUUGUUCCAGUAUCGAUUCUUCAUGUAUCACUGGAUAUCAGAUCGCCCAAAGCCUCCUAUUUUUGAAGAAGAUCUCGAUGUGGCGGAGGAAAGAGAACGACUCUAUAGAAGGGAAAAAACAAAUGACAUUCUACGUGCACGAGACCUUUCCAAGACGUACUCGGGAACAAUCACCCCUGCAGUGGACCGAAUCUGUGUCGCAGUAUCUCCUGGAGAGUGCUUUGGUCUCCUGGGGAUGAAUGGAGCAGGGAAGACCACAACAUUUAAAAUGUUGACGGGAGACAUUAAUGUCACGUCAGGAGAGGCCUCAGUAGCUGGUCACAGCAUUCUAUCCAACAUCCUGGACGUCCACCAGAACAUGGGAUACUGCCCACAGUUUGACGCUAUUGAUGAGCUGCUGACAGGUAGAGAACAUCUGCACCUCUACGCUCGCCUCCGUGGAGUUCCUGAGUUGGAGAUCAGCCGGGUUGCAGAGUGGGCCAUCCAGAAGCUGGGGCUGUCAGAGUAUGCAGCACAAAGCGCCGGAACCUACAGUGGAGGCAACAGAAGGAAACUCUCCACAGCCAUCGCCAUGAUAGGCUGCCCCGCACUGGUGCUGCUGGAUGAGCCCACCACAGGUAUGGACCCUCUCUCCAGACGUUUCCUGUGGAACUCCAUCAUGAGUGUUAUCCAGGAUCGACGAGCUGUGGUCCUCACCUCACACAGUAUGGAGGAAUGUGAGGCGCUGUGUACCCGCUUAGCAAUUAUGGUAAAUGGAUCCUUUAAGUGUUUGGGGACCAUUCAGCAUCUUAAGUACAAAUUUGGUGAUGGCUACGUGGUGACCAUGAAGAUCAGAGCAGCUAAGCCCGGCUGUGCCCCAGAUCUGAACCCUGCUGAAGCCUUCAUGGAGAGCAACUUCCCAGGCUGCAUCCAGAGAGAGAAGCACUACAACACCCUGCAGUACAAGAUCUCCUCCUCCUCCCUGGGGAGGAUCUUUCAAAUGGUCCUGGCUAACAAAGAGAAGCUCAAGAUAGAGGACUAUUCAGUCACACAGACGACCCUUGACCAGGUUUUUGUGAAUUUCGCCAAGCAACAGUCAAGAGAGGAUGACAACAUCGUGUUGCAUCCAAAAGCUGCCGGAGCACAGCGAUACAUUGAAGAAACGCGCUUCAAGUCUUUGAAGAAGUGAAGUUCUCUCAAUGAGCCCAACCGGACGUCUUCCUUUGGCUUACGUUUCAUUUUAGAAGCCGCUCUGUUUAAAGAAUGCGCCCGACGCAUGUGUGCUUUCAAGGGCUGUAACUUAGUUGGCAGAACUUUUCAAAUGCAACAAACAGGAACCUAAAAACACAGAGGAUGGACCACUUUUGUCACCUGCAUCGAUCUUUGCCGUCUCUGUUAAUUGGUCGCGUGUUGUUGGGCUUCUGAAUGCAGCCCUGUAAAUGAGUCAUGACACAUGAUGUGAUGAUUUGACCUUUGGCAAAGCUUUGCUCUUCCAGGAAAUGGAAUUAGUGGGCUUUGUGUUUGGAAAGUGUGGAGCAUUUCUGUGCCUGCUGUAUGUUCCACGUUCUGCUCACCUUGUAGGCCUUGCAAACUAAAUGAAACGGCUUGAGAUUCACCACAAGGACCAUGACUUUGAUUGACGGUCUGUCAAAAGAGUGAUAUUUGGUGGUUUCAACGGGAAUGGGAAGAAGGCACAGGUCCUGUGUGCUUUUUGCUUCAGAUGCCAAGCAUGAUAAUCUUUUUUUGCCUUCUGUAGAUAGAUGUAAUAAAUACGCGGAGAAGCAAAGCCUUAGCACUUUAUUGAGAUAACAUUAUUAUUCUUACAAAGACUUUCUGCUAGUGCAAUGAAACUUAUGGUCUUUACAUGGUCCUCUUGCUGCUAUGGAACAAUUGUAAUAUUGUGUGAUAUUAUUUUCCACCAUUGUCUGUUCAGGCUUUGCGCUUUAUUACAGUACAUACGUGCUUAACUUUGGUAAACUAUCUGCAUUCACCAGCACCUGGUAUCAUAAGAGGAACGCACCAAAGUGAUGUUCCUUAGAGGAUCACCAUGUCAAAUAAAGUAACAUUUCUUCAUAA